UGGUAACGGUGCUAACAAGUUGUUUUUAAGACGCGCCAAGCCUCAAUAGCAUUAGAGAUGACAGCCACGUAGCAUCAUAGAAUUAGGAAAGGUCUGAUGUUUAGAUUUUGUUCUAUUCCAAUCGAGAAGAGUCUUGCAGAUUCGGGAGUGUUGCUGUGUAAUGUGGGGUACCUGUGGUGAACGACACACCUGGUUCUGUGUCCUGGAGCCGCAAUACAAUCUCCCAGCCACAGUAAGACGCUGCUGAAGAAGUUGUGCCAGGCCAUUGCCGAGGUCGGGUUCCACCUCCCGCAGGAGUUAGUUCUGGAGUUCUGGAGAGUAUUCAUGAUGGUAGAUAACGCCGAAUCGACUGUAAAUGUGCAUGCAGAUUUGAUUGGCGACCAUCCUUAUAUCCCAGCCUGGCUUGUUCUCACUGGAAGUGGCGUCUUUUUUCGCAAACUGGGACUCCACAGAGGUAUUUCAGAGACUGAGAGAUGUGUGUGUCAGGUCUUAAGUAGCCCCAAGAUGCCUGACAUAUUUCGUUAUUGAAGGAUUCUGUAAAGACUGGCCAAUGACGGAAUUAGGACACUGGCGCCUGACUUUCUGUUUUUUAGAGAACUAGGAAGCUGAUUUCUUUUAAAGAAACUAAGUCUCCCUAACGGAAUCUCGAUUGAUGUAGCCAAAGCAAAUGACUGCCAUGGCUUAAAUGCAAAUAGACAAUAUUGGAAGCACUCAGCAGGCAACCCACAUCUGUGGGGAGAGAAACAGUAAAGCUUUCAGAUCUGCGUUUGCUUUUUACAGGUCAGACUGGGCGUAUGUUCCCCUUCCUGAGUUUCAAUAUUUCCGCUCUCAACCCAACCGCUCAUUACAAUGUGUUUGUGGAGGUUGUGUUGUCCGAUCCCAAUCACUGGCGAUUUCAAGGUGGAAAAUGGGUGACUUGCGGAAAAGCUGACAACCAUAUUCAAGGUAACAGGUCUUAUGUCCACCCUGAGUCUCCAAACACUGGAGCUCACUGGAUGAGACAAGAGAUUUCCUUUGGGAAACUUAAGCUGACUAACAAUAAGGGCGCAACCAACAACAAUACUCAGAUGGUUGUAUUGCAGUCCUUGCACAAAUACCAACCACGCCUUCAUAUCGUAGAGGUGAAUGAAGAUGGCGUAGAGGACGUAUCUGAUUCUUCAAAAACACAAACAUAUACAUUCCCAGAAUCGCAGUUCAUUGCUGUCACUGCCUACCAGAACACUGAUAUUACCCAGCUCAAGAUAGAUCACAAUCCUUUUGCCAAAGGUUUCAGAGACAACUAUGAUUCCAUGUUCACUACUCCAGAAAAUGACCGAUUGACCCCAUCUCCCACGGAUUCACCCCGAUCCCAUCAGAUAGUGCCUGGGGCCCGUUAUGCCGUGCAACCCUUCUUCCAGGAUCAGUUUGCCAACAGCAUACCAUCAGCCCGGUUCUACAAUGGUGAACGUGCCGUGCCCCAAACAAGUGGCAUCCUGUCCCCCCAACAGACCGAGGAGUCCAGCAAUCCUCCCCAGAGGUGGUUUGUCACCUCUGUGCAACAGCCUGGCACCAACAGGUUGGACUUUACUUCUUAUGAUGCAGAUUAUGCUGCCAAUGCCUUGCUGCCCUAUGGUCUCAAGCCUCUACCCAUUCAGUCAGCUCAUUCUCUGAGCUAUUAUCCUGACCCAACAUUUGGUUGGGGUUCCAGGAGUUCCCAGUACCAGAGAAAGAUAGCUUCUGGGCUAACAUGGUCCUCCAGAACGAGUCCACCAGCUUUCCCUGAAGAUCAAGUGUUGUCCUCCGAGGACAAAGCAAGGGAAGAAGCCAACUCACCUUGGAUUGAAACCCCACCAUCCAUUAAAUCCAUGGACUCAGACUCUGGACUCUAUGAAAAUGCCUGCAAGAGAAGAAGGGUUUCAGCUGGCAACUCUAGCAGUGAAAGUUCACCAACAAUUAAAUGUGAGACAAUUACUUCUAAAGAGUAUAACAAGGAUGGUGCAAAAGCAAUGGGCUACUAUACUUUCUACACCAGCCCUUAAGGUAUUCCCAAGAAGUUUGCCUGUAUGUAUCCAAUCCAUUCACCAAAUGUCGAGAUGGUCUUAGGAGUGCCAAAAAGACUGAAGUUUCCUUCCACCUUAAGAACUGACCUUGUACAGUCUAAUAGUGCAAUCAAAUUUUUAAGAAGGUGCCAAAGUUAUCUGAUGCUGUAAGUGAUAAGAUGGAGAAAUUCAAGCUAAGCCUGAUCUAAUGUGACGUCCCAUAACAUAUAGUAUUAACUUUAGGAGGAAUUUCUUGGUGGGAGGGGCUUAAAUACCAGAUUGACGUUUUCUGUAUGUGGUUUUAUUUAUUUGACAAUACAAAUAUGUACAGUUCCUGUUCUUUAUAGUCUACUGUAGAAUGGGUACAGUAUGGUGUAAAAGAAAAUGAGUGUUAGUUCAAUGAAUAAAACCCAGUCCUUUCCAAUUCCAUCAAUAUGUACAGAUUAAGCAAAAACAUUUUCAAGCAUUAAUUUUUCACAAGCAAUAAAAUAAGACUGGUUCAGACUUUAUAAUUUCAGCUUUCCAAUGGUUGCUGUGAGGAGGGAACUAAUGUAUUUAUAAAGUCUUGAUAAAUGCAUAGCUAAUGCACUUAUAAUUCUGACCAUUUCCCACUCUCAUUCACAUGAAAAAAUAGAAUAGCGAAAGACAUAUUGGCACCUUAGUUCCAAAUUUAUCAGGCUUCGGGUGGUUAUUUGAUUGUAGUUGUGGAAAUUAAAAUCUCACACAAUUCAAAUCAUUCUUCAAGUAACGAUGUGUUUAAACGUGUCAGCAUGUGUGCACCUCGGCAAAUUCAAACUUUUGCCUUAAACAAUUUUUUUUCAAUAUGAACAAUUACCCUGUGUGUACCUGCUGGACUCACACCAUUUUACAUGUCCCUACAAUCAAGCCAACAGUCUGAAAUUGUCUUGGAAUGUUAUUUGCUACGAGUUUUAAAAAAAUCAGGGCUUAUUUAAAAAUGGCGUCGGUACGUGGUUUAUUUGCAAAAUAAAGUACCAGAUUUUCAAGAAUGAGUUAAAAUGCAGUGUAAUGAAAUCCCUUCACUGACAAUACUGUACAUUCACUGCCAGGCUUCGUGGGAAAAUAGUUUUCUUGCUGAUUAUUUCCAAAUUAUGCAUUUAAGUAGAGAAAUCAGACACCAAGAAAUAACGAAAUGUUUUUGGAAUAAUUUUGAUGGUUGGAGCAAUCAUCGGAGAGAAUUCCGAAUAAAAUGUUCUUUAAGUCAGCCUGCUUUGUGAUGGUGAAGGUUUGAUUCUGGCGAGUCGAACAAAGAGGAAAGCAAUCGGGAAAAAUAAUCUCGUUAACUAGAAAUGGUGCAAAUGCUCCACAAUUGACGACACAUUUAAAUUAUAGCUCAUGCAGAGCCGGUAGGCGAGACUGACGAGUUUUUUUUUGUUUUGUUGUGUGUUUGAAUCGACGCAUUGUCUAAAGCAUUUGUCUGCUGCAUUCCUUUGGUUAAUGAAAUGCGCGCUCGGUAAAUGCUGUCUCCCAUACGGUUUGACCAGUGCGAAAUCUCUGUCGCUUUGCGAUCUCACCUUCAUCGCAGUUACACUUUGAUGGCCAAUCUCGCAGUUGUGGAAAAUUUCUCAGUUUAUUUUGGUCCUUCUAUAUACGCGGCUCGUACUGUUUGCUGUUUUGUUUUGUUUACGCCCUCCGAAAACAGUUAAAUCAAAUGCUUCUGAACCGUGUUCCAAUUUGCGAGAGUGCAAAACCACACGAACAAUGGAACAAGCUUUAAAAAGCAAAAUUAACAAUUGCUGGCCGGGGCGGAGGCUCGUAUCAGUUUUACCUUAUUCCCGUGUGCAGCGAUAUUGUGUGGUUGACACAGUUAGUCCCAAAUUGGCUCCUUGUGAAUUUUGACAGCGCCUGUAAACUUAUUUUGGAAGUGGGUGUUGGAAUUUGGUUGCGCUUGUUAAAGAUGCUAUAUAAAUGCAGGGGAGGGAUGUCUGCAAGCGCCAUCUUGUGGCGGCUCGGAAAGAACGCUUAGAAGAGAAGAGCAACUCAACCAAUUCAACGGUAUGUCACCGUGUAAUUAAUGCUGUGGGGUGCGAGUCCCACCGUCCCCGGGAGAUGUGUCACAUCACAUCCAUUCAGGUUGAUUCAAGACAUUUACCGAUAGAUUCUGUCCAGUGCGAUCAUCUUAUAAUACCAUAUUUUUCACCUUACAGACUCGUUCCUUCAUAUAAUUUGAUGAGUAGUUGGUGUUGAAUUCAAGUGAAAACCUUCGAAAGGUACAAAAUCAGGGUUAACAUUUCUCAAACUUAACGCCACAUUUAGAUAUUGGCAUUUUCACGUCUUGAUCCGAUUUGACCCUUUACUAGUGUGGCAUCCGAUAGAGUGAAUGCAGUCCAAUGUAGUGCAUUACACCAGGCACAACGGUUAUCCCGUCUCCUUCUACAAUAUUUAAUAAACAGAGGUCAGGAAAUAAUUUAAAUUGACGGAAUGUGCGUGGCAUUUAAGGUACUCAGCUGCUGUGUUGGAGAGACAUUGGGUUCCCACAUCAACAGCCAGCUCAGGUAUGUGUGUGUUCAAACAGAAAAACACGAUCACUUCUGUGGCACACCUUUAAUCCCUUUCCCAUCACAAACUCAGUACCAGAUCUGCUGAGCAUUUCAAACGUUUUAUGUCUGAAUGUCAAAUUGCAACAUCAGCAUCAUUUCCAUUUUUUUUGUUGUUGGGACAAAUCAGUCGUAUAGUGUUAAAAUGCUCGAAAGAUACAGCGAAUAUAAACAAAGGUCAGACCCAUUUUGUAGAUGAUCAAAAAGAGAAAAAUGAAUGAGAACGAAUUGAUGAUUUUCGAGUAAUCGUUCAGUGGUUAAAUUGCCUCUUAAAGUGAAUAUGUAACCCCAAGGUACAGUCUUAUCUCAGCCCAGCGCAAAACAAAAUGCAGAAAUAACCAAACAUUUCGGGCUGGAGUUGUUUGUUUUGUUUGGAUUUUAACAUUGUUUCUGUGUGUGCGUUUUUUUAAACCGUUGAAGUAUCACGGAAACGUAACAGCCGCAGUGGGAAAACCAGAACAGCGAGACAUUCGCACCUAGAUGUGGAUUUGAAACUUUUGAAAGAUAGAAAUGAAGGAAUGCAUGUCGACCUCAUUUCUGAAGGAUUUCGGCAGCUUCUGUUUAAACGGAAAGCGGGUUAGAUAACAAUAAAAUGACGGCGGCUGGGUGUUGAGCGCCGAUUUGGUUGAAUCAGAGGGCGCCUGAAACAAGCUGGUUUCCUCGGUGUGGAAUGUAUUUGGCUCAGUUCCCACUGGCAGAAAGCAGAGGUUCCGAGAUGUAGCACCUUACAAACUGGUGAAAUUUAUGAAUCAGUCAGUUCUGAGAAAUCAGACGACCUUCGAACAAAUGAAAAGAAAAUGAAACUUAAUAUUUGUCUAAUGAAGAUUACCUUGCAUAUUCGGCCUCCGCGUAGAUUAUAUAGACCCCGAAACACACUCCAGCUGUUUGCUGUCAAACUCUGUAAAUGGCCGCAUUAUCUG